CUACCCCUGCGCGACCCCUCCCUCCAACUCUAUGGUGGUUCUCACCGCCUAGAGAGACCAGAGCUGGACUCCGUCUAUCCCUGCGCGACCCCUCCCUCCAACUCUAUGGUGAUUUCUCUUUUUUUGCGAGCUCGAAGCUGCUGCGGGUCUCGCGCCCAAGCCGCUGGCUGUUGCGGCCUCAGCAGCUGCGGCCGGAGCCGCCUCGGCAUCGCCGCUCCCAACCUCGGGAAGCAGCGGCAGAAAGGAAGGGACGACAUGAACUCCCGCCCGGCCCCGCUGCCUCGAGCGACUCCCUGGCGCUCCCUGCCGUGCCCGCGCGCCGAACUCCGGCUCGAGCUGGUGCUCUGCGGUGGGCAGACCUUCCGGUGGACCGAAACCAGUCCUGGCUACUGGACAGGUGUGCUAGCAGGACGGGUUUGGACCCUCACCCAGUCUGAGGAGCAGCUGUGGUACACGCUGCACGAUGAGGAGAAAGAAGAGGGCAGCCGGGAGGAAGAGGCCCUCUCUGAACCACCGUUGAAGAAAGGGAAGAAACAGUCGCAGCCGGACGCGAGUCGUCCUGGAACGAGCGACCGCUCUGGCAGCCAUGUGUCAGGAGAACUGCUCCGAGGGAUGGACGGGUUGACUCCCUCACAGAUCCUCCAGGACUAUUUCCAGCUACACGUAAAUUUAUCUGCGUUGUACCAGGGUUGGUCUUACGUUGACUCACAUUUCCGGGAAGUCGCUCUGAAGUUCCCAGGGGUGCGGGUGCUGCGCCAGGACCCUGUGGAGUGCCUCUUUUCCUUCAUCUGCACCUCCAACAACCACCUGUCCCGCAUCACCAACAUGAUUCAGCACCUGUGCCAGGCCUUCGGGCGCCGCCUCUGCCAACUGGACACGAAAACAUACCAUGCCUUUCCCUCCCUGCAGGCAAUGGCCGGAGCUGACACAGAAGCCCGGCUGAGGGAUCUGGGUUUUGGGUAUCGGGCACGGUUUGUUAGUGAGAGUGCCCGUGCCGUCCUGAAAACUCUCGGGGGCGCUGCGGGCCUGCAGCAGUUGCGUGCCGUCCCUUACGAGCAGGCUCGGCACGCCUUGUGCACCCUUCCCGGGGUGGGAGCCAAGGUGGCUGAUUGUGUGUGUCUCAUGUCGCUGGACAAGACCGAGGCGGUGCCGGUGGACACCCAUAUAUGGCAGGUUGCCAAGCGGUACUAUGGCCAAGAGCUGGGCAUGGGGGCCCGUAGCGUGACCGAGCGGGUGCAUCGAGAGAUCGGGAACUUCUUCCGGAGCCUGUGGGGACCAUACGCUGGAUGGGCACAAGCGGUUCUCUUUUGUGCUGAUCUGAGAAAAUACCAGGAAGCUUCAGAUUCAGACGCCAAACUCCGCUGUGCCAAAGUUGCCCGGAGCAGCUAUUCUACCUUAACAUAAUAAUUCCUCUUUAUCUUCGCUAUCAUGUUUGUGUGUGUGUGUGUAUGUAUGUAUCUGGCGAGUCAAAAACUACUUCUGCUGCAGGGCUGGAGCCAGAGAGAAACCUCCACCCUGAAAACGAGGCACCGUCAGAGCUGUUGAAGAAAGUCUGAGGAGUUUUGUGUUUGGCACACCUAAAUGAGCCACUUUUCCUGGAUGUUUCCUCCGCUCUCCUUCCCCCCAGGGGUUUCUUUGUGAUAUAAACUUGAUGUGUAGCAGCCAUGUAAUAUAGAAUGCUUUUCUUGUUGUUUCCGUCCUUUGCUUUGGUGAUACAGUAUUAUAGCGUAGAAUAGACCAUUUCUCUCUCUCUCUCAGGCCCAUUCCCUCCCUACCAAAACCUGGGCCAUACAUUUAAAGUUCGGACUAAAAGAUGGAACGGUUACCUCACUUCAGAAGUGGCAUUACACACGGUCUAAUUAAACACUCAGCUAGACCCUGUGACAGUGUGAGGUGGGCAGCACGCCUAGCAGUAAAGGGUCGCCACGUUCCCCCCUUCCCACACCUCAAGCUAGUUGGGUCUCCUCAGCCUAACUCUCACUGUGGUCAGAAUGUUGGCCAAGAUGUCACGGAUAUUGAAAGGAGGGGGAAAUAUAUAUUUCAAAGUGGUGUGAGAGAGGUUAUGCUUUUAUUUCACAGCCUUCCCUUUCAUUUAUAUGCAAUGUGGCAAUGUACAACUGUAAAUGCAAAGCUGUUGCCGCAGGUCGCAUCCAGCUUCCUGUGUGGACAGGUCUGUGCUUUAGAUUUUUCUUUAAAUGAGAACCUGAAAUCUGCACUCGAUGUAGAGAUGAGAGCUCUAGGAUAUUUGCUGGUUGCUCAGUGUUUGGAACAGCUACUCUUGAGUUAUUAAAACCCAUUGCUAAACAAGGAUCAUCCUGAAAGGUACUUUGACCUCACUGCUAGUUUGAUGCCGCCGUGCCCAUUCCAGCUGCUGAGAAGCGCCUCUUAAAAAUGCCUUUAUUUCUUAGCCUUGUAAAAAUAGGCCCUCUUCCUUCAUCCCAGAGUGUUUGUAUAUUCAUGUAUAUCAAACAUCAUUUUCUCUUGCUUCCCUUUAUGUCCUGAAGGCUGUUCUCCAGUGUAUUACUGAGGCUCAGCAACUUAACAUUUUAUCCCUCAAUCUCCUUUUCUCACAUCCUUUCAAUUUGUUUCUAUAAUGAAGGUUCAAAUUUUGUCUGUAUAACAACCCAAAACUGUGGGUGGGCUGCAGCCAAAGCUUUUUAACGUUUGCUGAUUGGAGCGGAAGGGCUUAAAGAUGUGCUUGACUCUCCUUGUCAAAAUGAGUGGGAAUUUUAGAAAGCACACCACAUUGGGCUGGCUCGUGGCCAGUGUUUGUAUUGUCUGCAGUUCCAGCAAACCCUGAUACUCCCCUUAUUCACCCUGCUUCCUUUUAUCCUGAUUACUUCUAGACUGUAAGCUGCUUUGGGCAGAGACCUAUUUAUUUUUAAUCCUUUUAUAAAGUGUUUAACCAAUUUCUAAGUGCUGUUGUCAAGAAUAAUAAAUAACAAGCAACA